GAGAUGUUGGACCUGCCAGACUACAAUAAAAUCACAUUCAAGGAGAAUCCUGCCAUCCCAUUGGAGGAGAUCGUUCCUGACUCCUCCCCUCAGGCCGUCCACCUGCUCUACAGGUUCCUGGUGUACCCGUCCAGACAGCGCUGCUCUGCCACCCAGGCUCUUCUUCAUCCGUACUUCUUCACCUCUCCUCUUCCUGCUCACCACUCAGAGCUGCCCAUCCCUUACAGGGGGGGCCGACCCCCCCGCCAGCGCCUGCAGGCUCCGCCCACCGACUUCUCAGUGGACCUGCCCCUGCAGAACAGCGUGGUGGACCCUGAGCUGCUGCGGCCUCACGCCUCCUGUCUCUGAACUGACUGAAGACAUCUUCACCACCAUCAUCAUCAUCAUCAUCAUCAUCAUCAUCAUCGUCAUCAUCAUCGUCAUCAUCAUCAUCAUCAUCAUCA